AUGCUUCACAUUACCGCCAAACCAGCUCGCCAGCUGCUGCUUCCGUCGCGGUACGCGAACCGCCUGGCCCGAUACUCGGCAUUGGCCUCUCCCCGGGUCGCCGUCCUCUACCAAGCUCUCGAGCCUCCCAUCAUCAAUGGCGUCCAGAAGCCCAAGAAGCCCGGCGGUUACCAGGACUCAGGAGCCGACAUUGCCUACAACCUGGCCCAGUGCGCCAACGUCAACGUCAUCACGCCCACCCAGAGCCCCGUGCCUGAGAAGGAUGGCGAUUGGUGCUUCCCCGAUACCGAGGAGGGCAUCUUGAGUGCCGUCGACAAGGGCGCCAACUACCUCUGGUCCAACACGAUUGUCUUCGCGUCGCACCCCCUCCAGACGUCAGCUCGCCUUUCGCCCUUUGAAGAAAAGGUACGCGUGAUCGGGCAGGGGCCACUGGUGGUAGAGAAGUACGACGACAAAGAAUACGUCAACGACUACCUGCGCUCUGUCGGAGGCUUCACCAUGCCUCGCGUCUUCACCGCUCCGUCUCGAUCCGCCAAGGAUAUCGCCGCUGUCGCUGAGCAGCUGUCGUACCCGGUGGUCGCGAAGCCCAUCCGCGGCCGUGGUAGCCACGGCGUCAGAGUCUGCCACAAGAAAGAUGAAUUCAUCAGUCACGCCUCAGCGCUCUCCGACGGCAACAUGAGCUUUAUGAUUGAGGAAUUUCUCAAGGGCGAAGAGGCAACUGUGACUGUCAUGCCUCCUGCAGAGAAAGGGAAGGGCUAUUGGGCUCUUCCCGUCGUCUCCCGAUUCAAUCACCAGGACGGCAUUGCGCCAUACAACGGCGUAGUAGCCGUCACGGCUAAUUCUCGCGUCGUAGAAAACGGCGACGCCGACCCUCUAUACAACCGUGUGGCGAGGGAGUGUGAGAAGGCAGCGUCUCUGCUAGGUUUAACAGCGCCCAUUCGGAUUGACGUACGGCGUUUCAAGGACUCCCCUGAUUCUCCAUUCGCGCUGUUCGAUGUUAACAUGAAGCCUAACAUGACUGGCCCGGGAAGACCAGGCCGUGACGAUCAGGCAAGUUUAACUUUGAUGGCUGCCAACGGCCUUGGAUGGGACUACAAAGAGCUAUUGAGACGCAUCCUUAGCACAUCUAGCUCUCUUAGGACUCUUCGGGGUCUUCGCCCAGUGGGUUUGUAA